UUGGACUUUAAAACAUUUGAGAUUUAUUCAGAGCAUAAAUUAUAAAAAAUAUUUUAAUAAUGGCUGGCGUUGUUACAAUGAUUAACAAAUUGCUUGAUUGGAUUCGUUCUUUGUUUUGGAAAGAAGAAAUGGAAUUGACUCUUGUUGGUUUACAAGGUUCGGGAAAAACAACUUUUGUUAAUGUUAUUGCGAGUGGGCAAUUUACUGAGGAUAUGAUUCCAACUGUUGGUUUUAAUAUGCGAAAGAUAACGAAAGGGAAUGUUACUAUAAAGCUUUGGGAUAUUGGAGGUCAACCACGUUUUCGGUCAAUGUGGGAACGUUAUUGCCGUGGUGUAAAUGCUAUUGUCGAUGCAGCAGAUCAGGGCAAAUUAGAAGCGGCAAAAAGUGAAUUAAUUCAACUUUUGGAUAAGCCCCAAUUGGAGGCAAUUCCCGUUUUGGUUCUUGGAAAUAAAAAAGAUUUGCCUGAUGCUUUAGAUGAGGGACAGUUAAUUGAACAGAUGAAUCUUUCUACUAUUCAAAACCGCGAAAUUUGUUGCUAUUCGAUCUCUUGCAAGGAAAAGUCUAAUAUUGAUAUAACCUUGCAAUGGUUAAUUCAACAUUCAAAAACUGCUCGUUAA